AUGUUCUCUCGUACACAAAGCAGAAAAAUCAACUUGUGCCUCGAGUUCUUACUUCUUACUUUCUUAGUAGCCAUGAAGAUGGAACAUGACCUCCAUAUGACCAAAGGAGAAGAAGAGACCAGCUACUUCAAGAACUCAAGACUUCAGGAAAAAGCUUUGGUUGAGACUAAGCCGGUUCUCCAGAAGAUUGUGAUGGAAAUGUGCGUGGAUCUCCUCCAUCCAACACUGACAAUUGUUGACUUAGGCUGCUCUUCAAGUGACAACACACUCUUCUUUGUCUCCAAUGUGAUCGAAGCGGUCAGCCACCACCUUGAGAAAUUCAGUCGCCAUCCCACUGAGCUUCAGUUCUUUCUCAACGAUUUACCAGGCAACGACUUCAACCAUGUCUUCCAAUCACUUCAACGAUUCAAGAACUCGAUUGAUAUGGAUCACAAGGGAGAGCCAAUACCUGCUUUCUACAUCGCUGGGUUGCCCAGCUCCUACUAUACAAGACUUUUGCCUCGCCGGAGUGUUCAUCUCUUUCACUCAUCAUACUGCCUGCAUUGGCGAUCUCGGCUUCCUGAUGGAUUAGAGGGCAAGAAAAGAUCAUAUCCCAAUGAAGGAAACAUCGGCAUUGGAGCGACUACCCCACCCUGUGUGGUGAAAAUGUACAAAGAGCAGUUUCAGAAGGACAUGUUGUUGUUCCUCCAGCUGCGCCAUGAAGAACUAGUUGCCAAUGGACAAAUGGUUCUCACAUUUCUUGGGAGGAAACACGAUGAUGUCUACAGCGCAAGUCUCAACCGUUUAUAUGGGUUACUUUCACAGUCUGUACAAUCUCUUGUUGAGGAGGGCCUCAUGGAGAAAGAAAAGCUGGACUCCUUUAAUCUACCUGUGUAUGGGCCAUCGACGGAUGAAGUUAAGGCAGUGGUCGACCAGAGCCAGCAGUUUGAAUUGACUAACAUCAAACUGUUCGAGACCAAUUGGGAUCCUUAUGAUGACUCGGAGGGCAAUUAUGUACACGACAGUGUCCAGAGUGGGAUUAACGUCGCAAACUGCUUGAGAGCAGUGAUGGAGCCCCUGUUUACAAGCCAUUUUGGAGAAUCCGUGCUCGAUGAGCUCUUCAAGAAGUUUGCAUAUAAUGUCGCCUUGCAUCUUGUCAAGGAGAAGACCAAGUACUCUGUCAUUACUCUAUCACUGAAAAGACGAUGA